AGAAUAACCAUGCUGUGAGAAAAUUAUUGUGCUUAAGCUUUUUAGUAUAUUGUUUAUGUAUAAUUGUGAAGAAUCCAAAUUCCUGGUUUGUGUAAUUGAUCACGAGGGCUAAAGCUAAUAUUGAAUAAUCAACAGGAUAAACGCUGGGAGUAGAGCAGUCUUUCGAUGGUGUUUUUAUUGAAAAUUGUUUUUUUGCAGCAAAAAGAAGAAUUCUUUUCGCAACCCAUACCUAUAGGGGGAGGCACUUCUAUACAAACAUUUCAUACCCAGGAGCUUGCGUGGUACUCAAGCUCGGAAUUAUACAAGCGUAAGUUCACAAAGAGAAUGAAGUAAUGGAGGACUUAGUCUGGUUGUUUGAAAUUAACUUAAAAAACAAUAUGGUUCACUAUCCAAACAAUAAAACCCCUACAGCUAUAAAUUUAUAAUC